AUGACUGCUGUUGCGAUGAUUAUCCAAUUAUAAGAGAUGAUCCGUCUAAAGUAAAAAGAGGAGGAGUAGAGAUGCCGUGCUGCGAACCGAAGCCCAAGCAAUGCUGCGAUUGUAUACUUGAUUAUUGUAACUUUAUACCUACGAGAUGCGAUAAACAUCAACGAAUACUUGGUCAAAUUCAAUUCCAACAAUUUAAAAAUUGUUCCAUAAAAGCUACCGGUUAUCUAAUCAAAGCCAAGGCUUGCUGUGAAAAUUGUGAUGAAGUCGUGAGUCCACCAAAUUUAGAUUUCCAUGUCGUCGACCCAACUAAUUACAAUAACGUACAAUUAGAUCUCGACAGUAUUGUUACUUUAGGCAAAACUUUUUCAAACUGGGUUUUCCCAGUAGGCAGAACCUUAAAUGGAUUCAAUCAGUUUACUUGUUUGGUGGCGAUCGAUACUUCAAGCAACGAAAAUAAAGAUUACAUUCUUGGAACAGCCCCGGUCAUUAUG